CAUCCCGGCCCGGCCGGCCGGCCGAGGGGCCGCCGCUCUGCCCGCUUCUUCCUCGGGCGCUGCCUGGCCCCGGGCCCAGUCUAGCCGGCGGGGCGGACUUAGUUAGCUCCGCGCCUCCGGGCGGCCGCCGGGGGCUCCCGUCUCCGAUGCGGCGCGGCCGGGCCGGCUCAUCGGCGCGGCCCGGGCGCCCGGCUCUUUGUUGCUUCCUCCCGGGCCCCGCGGGGGCCGCGGCAGCAGGGCCCGCUCCGGUCUGAGGCGGCUCCGGCAGGCACGCGGGGGGCGCGCGGGAGAUGGCCGCGGCAGCGGCGGCGGCUCCGGUUCAGCCGGCGCCCCUCCUCUCUCUCUUCUCCCUCUGGGCCCCGGAGGAUGCGGGUGGGGGAGGGGAGGGACGGAGGGAGGAGCAGGAGAGCGGCGGCUCCGAGGCUGCCUGGGGGGCUGGGGGUCCCAGCGAACGCUGCUCCCCGGCUUUCGCUGCUCUGGCGGCUCCUGCGGCUCCUUCGCUCCUCGCAGCGGCAGAAGCGGCGGCGUGCGCCGGGCUCUCACGAGCCCAUGGCCCCGGGGGGCGCGCGGGGCUCCCGGCUGGCUCCGCAGCCUCGCACCGCGGGCUCCACGACCCUCGCGGGUGGUCGAGGUCCAGGUUCUCCCGGCCCAGCCCGGCCUGGCUCCGCCGGAGAAGCAGCGAGAGAGCGAGCCAGCCGGCCGGCCGGCCCGCCCACCCUUCCCCCAGUCCCCGACCCAGCUGCUGCGGAGCUAGCAGCCGGCCGGCCUCCGCUCCGCAGCUCCGCUCCCGCCCGACUGACAAGCGCGAGCCCCAGCCGCGGUCGCCGAGGCUCGCCCCCCACCCUCCCCCUCGGGGACAGCCAAUCGGCUGCGGCCGAGAGGCGGUUACCAGGGUGACGCGCCGCCGCGUCCAGGGAGGGGCGGGGCCAGGGGCCGCCACGCGUUCUUUUCGCGGCAAAAUUCAAAGGCCAGUAGGGCGGCUCUCCAGACCCGACCUCCACACCUCAAGGAAGCCGACGCCACGAGGACUACCACUCCCAAGAUGCACUGCGGCCACGCCGGGUCGAGAAUGACCAGCACGACGGAGCGAGGCGUCUUGGUAUCUCUAGGAAUAUUAAUCUAGAUUCAGAGUGAAAGCUGCUUUCCUGAUUACUCUAAAGGGUGACAGUAGCCCACAGCUUUUUGGCCAGCUUAACCCAUUCCUACCAAGUACUAGUCACACAAAAGGUCAUUCCAAAUAGCUAAUAAACAUCUUUAUCAAAGAAAGCAGCAAAAAGAAAUCAGAGAAGCUCUACAGAUUCUAAUAUACCAGAGAAUACACAAGAGUACAUGAACUCUUCAGCUGGGAGCAAGAUGAGAUCCCAGCUCAAACCAGAAGAAUGGUUUCAUCAAGGGACAGUCUGCUCAGCAUUCCCGAGAACUGCAGGCAUUGGAGGACAAGGACAAGAACUGACACUGUCUUCCCCUACCCAUCCUGGGCUCCAGUCCACCAUUCAAAGGUCCAUGCCUCCUCUCUCUCUUGACCUAUCUCACCAAGGUCUUCUCUUAAAGUAUUUAUCCUUCAAACUGAAGUCAGGUCACUCCCCUACUCCCUACUUUGUGCUCUGUAGCAGCUCAGCAUUCUCUCAGCCAAUUAGGAGUCAUGCCACAUAUACACAGUGCAGGUCAAGGAAAUGAACUUCAGGAAAACCAUCUUAGGCUUUGUCAGAAGCAGGGAUAUAAUAAAAUGAUAGAAGGAACCGUGAUUUCAUCAUCUUGGGGAAUUCCAAGUGUGGAAAUUCAUCUAAGUAGAUGAAUCUAACUUAGAUCUAGGAUUAUAGAUCAUUUGUGAGAAGGAACCCAUUUAGCUCAUUGGCUCCCUUGUUUGACAGGUGAAAAGACUUCUGAACCCAGAGGGAUUAGAUGAAUUUCCCAAGAUCAUACAGGUAGUA